GUGUGUGUGGUGAAGUGAAAGCAUCGGGGUGGAGAUUGAAGCUGUAGAUGUCUGUGAUGCCUGGGGUUGCUCAGUCAGUCUGAAGACUGGAGCAGAGGCAGACGCAGGAGAGAGAAAUAAGGGAGGAACGAGAGACGAAAAGAUCACAGACUACUGCAACAGGAGCCUGAGCAGAGAAGACAACAUUUCAACAGGCACAGAUACAGUAUGAGUGAGGAGUGGCGAGGAGCUCACCCAGGCUCUGUGGAGCUGCGGCUGGUCCUGGUGGGCACCUUCGACUGCGGCAAAACCCUGACGGCCGACACCCUGCUGGGCCAGAAGAGUCCGCAGCAGGACGCUCCCCGCUCCUGCGUCCUCCGCCAGGGGCUCUCCCACUCCCGCCGGCUCUCGCUGGUGGAGACCCCGCGCUGGUACUGGUCAGGGGCUCACCUGGACUCCGGCGUCCAGGAGGAGACCAAACAGGCGCUGUCGCUGGCCGCCCCGGGACCGCACGCCUUCCUCCUGCUGAUCCCCGUCAACCAGUUCACGGACAUGGAGCGCCAGGCACCCCAGGAGCUGGAGGAGGUGUUCGGGCGAGGCGUGCUGCAGCACACGCUGGUGGUGAUCACCUGCGGCGACUACCUGAUGGGCCGCACGGCCGAGCAGUACCUGGCCGCCGAGGACCAGGGCCUCAGGGAGGUCAUCGCGCUCUGCGGGGGCCGCUACCACGUCAUGAACAACCGGCAGCCCGAGGACAGAGAGCAGGUUAAGCAGCUGCUGGAGAAGGUGGAGCGCAUGGUGGCGCAGAAGGGAGGCUGCUACGUCCAGGGCACUCCCCUGCCCGGGAGCCCCGUCCUGACCGACGAGGUGGUGAUGGAGACGCAGCGCGGCGUGAGCGCGGAGCGGCCAUGGAACGCAGAAGUAGCUGACCACACAGAAUCAGCACUGACCACUGAGAUAGACAGAGCAGAGGCACGGAGGAGAGAGAACGAGAGAGAAGAGAGAGAAGGACUGGAGAAAGAGAGAGAGGAGAAAGAGAGACUGGAUGAGGAGAGACGCGAGGCGGAGAGAGAGAAGCUGGAAGAACAGAAGAGAGCAGCACUGGAGGAGGGAAAGUUAAAGAGUACGACUGAGGAGGCGAAGACAGUCAAGAAAUGGGAUGAAGAAGGAGUGGGAAACAAAAGAGGAGAGGAGAGUGAGAAGGAAAGAGAUGAGGAGCGAUUGAAGAGGAGAGAGAGCAGAAGAAAGGAGAGAUUAGAGAGAGAACAACGUGAGAAAGAAGAAAUCGAGAGAAUGGAGAGAGAGAGAGUAGAGAGAGAGAGAAUCAUCAAGGAGGAAGAGGAGAGGAGGAUUAAAGAGAGAGAACGACUAGAGAAGGGGAGAGAAGAGGAACGGUUAAAAAGGCAAGCGGAAAUGGAGAAAAGAGAGAGGGAGAGAAUAGAGAGAGAGCAACAGGAGAAAGCAGAGAUGGAGAGAAUACAGAAAGAGAGAGCAGAGAGAGAGAGACUCAUCAAAGAAAGAGAGGAGAGGGAAAGAGCAGAGAGAGAAAAACUGGAGAAGGAAAGAGAAGAGGAACGAUUAAAGAGAAGGGAGAGCAGAAGAAAGGAGAGAAUGGAGAGAGAACAGCGUGAGAAAGAAGAGAUGGAGAGAAUGGAGCAAGAGAGAGUGGAGAGAGAGAAAAUCCUCAAGGAGAGAGAAGAGAGGAGGAUUAAAGAGAGAGAACGACUCGAGAAGGAGAGAGAAGAGGAAUGGUUGAAGAUACAAGCAGAAAAUGAGAAAAGAGCGAGGGAGAGAAUAGAGAGAGAGCAACAGGAGAACGCAGAGAUGGAGGAGAGAAUACAGAAAGAGAGAGCGGAGAGAGAGAGAUUCAUCAAAGAGAGGGAGGAGAAGGAAGAGAAAGAGCAGGAGAAGGAAGAGGCAGGAGCGAAGGAGCAUGUCCAAAGGAGUGCAAGGAGAAGAGAAACGAUUGAAGAGAGGAGAGAAAGACUGCAACGAGCGAGAGGUGAGAGAGAAAAACUGGAACAAGAAAUAGCGGAGAGGGAGAGAACAGAGGCACUGAGGAGAGAGAACGAGAGCGCAGAGAGGGAAGGACUGGAGCGAGAGGAGAUGGAGAAAGAGAAGAAAGAGAAAGAACGAAUUGAGCAAGAGAGAGAAAGAUUUGAGCAGGAGAGACUGGAGAGAGAAAAAGAGAGAGAAAGACUUGAACGAGAAAAGGUCGAGAAAAUGGAGAGGAUGGAGAAAGAGAGGAAAGAAAGAGAGUUAAUCGAAAAAGAGAGAGAGAGAAUUGAGCAGGAGAGAUUGAAGAGAGAAAAAGUGAAAGAAAGACUUGAAAGAGAAAAGGCUGAGAAAAUGGAGAGGGCAGAGAAAGAGAGGAAAGAAAGAGAGUUAAUCGAAAAAGAGAGAGAAAGAAUUGAGCAGGAGCUACAAAGGAGAGAAAAAGAGAAAGAAAGAAUAGAGAAAGAAAGACUUGAACGAGAAAAAGCCGAGAGAAUGAGAGCAGAAAAAGAGAGGAGGGAGAGAGAGAGGAUAGAGAGAGAAAAACAACUGAAGGGAGAAAUGGCCACUUCAGCCCACCGGCCCAAUGGCCUCCACUCCCAGGUGUCGCCCCAGAGACAGCAACUCCUUGAGCAGAAGACCAAAGGCAGCUCCUUGCCAACUGCAGAGGGAGCCAUUCUCAGCCAGUUCUCCGAGACAGGCGAUAAGAAAACCCUCAAAAGCAUCCACCAUCGGAUCUCGACCGGAGAGGAUCUCUCUCCUAAGGCCCCGGAGCUGAGGCUGGUUCUGCUGGGCGGUACCGGGUCGGGGAAGAGCGUCGCGGGGAACGCCAUCCUGGGCCGGAGGGAGUUUGAGUCGCGGGCGGACACCGCGGUCACCCAGAGGUGUGAGAAGGGCCGGGUCAUCCUGGGCAACAAACGGGUGGCGGUGGUGGACACCCCUGACUGGUUCCGUUCCGAGCGUUCCCCGGCUGAGGUGCGCUCCCAGCUCUCGUCCUGCGUGGCCCUGUCCACCCCGGGCCCCCACGCCUUCCUCUUCUGCGUCCCGCUGCACCGGCCCGCCGACCCCGCUCAGCUGCAGGCCCUGGGGGCCCUGGAGGGCGUCUUCGGCCCCGGGGCCGUGAGGGGCCACACGCUGGUCCUCUUCACCCACGCCGACCGCCUGAAGGAGGGCUCAGCCGGGGCGGCCGGGGUGGAGGAGCACAUCGCGUCCAAGCGGCCGGACCUCCUGAAGCUGGUGGAGAAGUGCGGCGACCGCUACCACAUCAUGGAGAGGGCAGGGAGUGACGGACGAGGAGGAGGAGGAGGAGGAGGAGGAGAGGAGGUGGAGAGGAGGAGUGUGGAGGAGCUGCUGGAGAAGGUGGAGCAGACGGUGAAGGAGAGCGGAGGAGGUCACUACAGCUGCCCGCUCUACCAGGAGGCCGACAGCCGCGUCAGGGACCGGCAGGCCGAGCUGCUGCAGGCCAGGAGGGAGCGGAGCCGGGAGCAGCUGGGCACCCUGCGGGAGGAAGAGGAGGAGGAUGAGGAAGAGGAGGCGGAGAGGACCAGGGACGAGGCCGAGAAGAGCGUCCAGCUGGACUCGGUCCCCGCGCUCUCCCUCCCGCCCGCCAACGAGUCCAGCUCGCUCCUGCGCUCCGUGGGGGAGAAGGUGGCGGCCGGAAUGCUGGCCGGAGCAAAGAAGGUGCCGAAGGUCCUGGCCGGCGGGGCCCUGGUGGGGGGAGGACUGGGCGUCUUCCUCGGGGGGCUCAUCGGGGGGGUGGCGGGGCUCACGGGAGGGGUCGUGCUCGCGGAGGUGGCCAGACGGAAGUUCAGCGGCGAACAGACAGAGGGUGACGGACAGAAAGUUGACGAGAAGAAAGAGUCGUGA